UCGUUCAUGUCAUAAAAUCUUGUCUGCUUCUUCAAAUCUUCCUCUCGGAUCUAUGUUUCUCCAUCGUUAACUCUUUCUGUCGAAGCAUGAUCAUGGAAGAAGGUUCAUAUGAGGAGCCACUGAAACUCAACCUGGCAAUUAUGGCGGAUCCUGGCGUCGAAAAGUUCGAAAACAAGAAGAGGAAGAGAAAUGUUCAUGCUUGCAAGCCGCCAUUAAACAACGUCCCAUCCUCACACGAAGGUUGCGAAGGGAAGAUAUUCAAGCUUCUUCAAGUGAGAGAGGAGAUGUUAAAGCUCGAUCAUCACAAGCAAAAAGUUGCGGUACUCGGAGACGGUAAAGGCCUUCAUUUGAUCCAUUUGUUGCUCGUCACUGCGACGUCGGUCGACGAGAGCAAUGUGAACUCGUCCUUGGACCAUCUCACACAACUUUACCGGACCGUAUCGUUAGCGGGGGAUUCGGUUCAAAGGGUCGUCGCUUAUUUUGCCGACGGCUUACUCGCGAGGCUUCUUACCCGAAAAUCGCCAUUCUACGACAUGAUCAUGGAGGAGCCUACCAUUGAAGAAGAGAUUCUAGCUUUCACUUCUCUUUACAAGGUGUCACCCUAUUACCAAUUCGCUCAUUUCACCGCUAACCAAGCUAUAAUCGAAGCCUUUGAGAAGGAAGAAGACCUCAAUAACCGAGAAUUGCAUGUUAUCGACUUUGAUGUCUCUUAUGGCUUCCAAUGGCCUUCUCUCAUUCAAUCUCUUUCCGAGAAGGCCACGACCGGUAAUCGCAUAUCGCUUCGUUUAACCGGCUUCACAACAAGCUUAGCACAGCUGCAAGAAACCGAGAGUAGAUUAGUGAGCUUUGCCAAAGGGUUUCGCAAUCUGGUGUUCGAAUUCCAACGCCUGUUAAGAGGAUCCAAGCUAAUUAACCUUCGUAAAAGGAAAAACGAAACGGUUGCUGUGAAUAUAGUGUUUCAUUUAAAUACUUUGAAUAACUUCAUGCAAGUGUCAGAGACGAUGAAAUCAGUGCAUUCACUUAGGCCUUCCAUUGUUGUGUUAGUGGAACAAGAAGGUAGGCGAAGCCAAAGAAGCUUCCUGUCGAGAUUUAUGGAGUCUUUGCAUCAUUUUGCAGCCAUGUUUGAUUCAUUGGAUGAUUGUCUGCCGCUGGAAAGCGCAGAGAGAUUGAGCAUAGAGAGAAAGCAUCUAGGGAAAGAGAUCAAAAGCAUGAUCAACUGCGACGAGGAUGAGGAAAACAGUGAAUGGUGUUGGAGAUAUGAGAAGAUGGAGACAUGGAAAAGCAGGAUGGAGAGGCAUGGAUUUGGAGGGAUGAAAUUGAGUUCGAAGUGCCUGAUACAGGCCAAACUUCUGCUGAAAAUCACCACCCAUUAUUGCCCUCUUCAGUGUGAAAGGGAGAUUAAUGGUGGGUUUAGAGUUUUUGAAAGAGAUGAAGCAAAGGCUCUUUCUUUAGAGUGGCAAGAUAGGUGCUUGCUUACUGCAUCUGCAUGGCAAUGCGUAUGAUUUUUGUUUUUCCUAACUCAUUCAUAUCAUUCCUAAUUAAUUUU